GUUGGGAUCGCGUCGAGCAUCAUGCGAAGCGAAGAAGAGGAGCUGCUGGAGCCGCUUGUUGACCCGUCUCCGCCAUCGCCACAGAUGGGAAAGGACCGCUCUGGAAACCCACUUGCCCAUGGAGUGCAUUUGUCUCCAUGGGAACGAUACUGGCACCAUGGGCGAAUUCCUUGGAAAGUCAUCUUGCAUGCGCUCCUGAUGUUCUGCGGCACGUUGCAGAUCAUGCUAUACGACAACCAAAACUCCGCCUACGUUCGUGCAUCCUAUCGCAACUGGGCGUAUUUCUUCCUCCCGAACGGCGGCAUGUCCACCUCGACACGCUCGAUGGAUGCAACCCCGUUGGAAGAGUCCAUCUUCACCGUCAACGACACAUUGAAUGCCGUGGCGCAUGUACGAGACGCGUACUUUUCCAUCAAAGACGUGUCUGUUGCUACGUACGAAUACCAUUACGCGGCACCAACGAUCGUUCAGCCCAUGCUCAUGUCGGUGACCCAGUACAAGAACAAGACGAUCGGGCCGCCGCAGCACUACAACAUCACGCCGACGUCGUUGGGUCCGUUCGACGACCUGGACACGACCGAAACCGCGAUGGUGUUUCUGCACUCGCUCGUGACCAUUGAGUUUUCAUUUCCCCUGCGCGACAUCGACUACGGCCCGUUCUACGUCGACUGCUUCGACUGGACCGUGCGAUUGACCCUCGCCAUGCACGAGAACAGUCAUUUCCGCUUGCGAGUUGACGAGUGUUCGUUGGACGUGUGCAGCGUCAAAAAUGUGUGGGCAACUCUGCGCGGUCGGUUCGUCUGGAUGAACGUUCUCGUGGCAGUGUUUGCAGGCAUCUACCUCGUCGUCAUCCUUCGAAGCGUCGUUCGCGCCGUCAAGAGAUUGGCGCGGCGACCGAAGCACGACCCUGUACCCGCCACGCUGCGUGAUUUGAACGGCCACUAUUGCUUGAUCGGGGCGACAUUGGUCCUGGUCGAAUUCAACGCGCUGUGGAACAUAUCCAGCGUCGUCGUGCACGUCCCGCUCCGGUUUGACCACCGGUUUAUCCAAGCGCUGGGCCCGCUCUUGCUCUGGUCGACGUUCGUCGGGUACUUGGAGCACAACCCACGGUUCUACUCGAUCGUGUUGACGCUCCGUGCGAGUGUGCCAAAGGUGGUCGGAUUCCUCGUACGUACACGCGGCGUUCCCAGUCGUCGCGUCAAGGUUGCUACCAGGUGGGGGUGUCGCCCGUCUUUUUUGGGUACGCUUUGUUUGGGUCGAUCGUGUUUGGGUACCGCGUGGACGGCUUUGGCGGGAUUCCGCAAGCGUGCGUCACGCUGUUCGCGAUUCUCAAUGGCGACGUCAUCCUGGACACAUUUGCAUCGCUGCACGCCGACUUUCCGUUCGUGGGCGCCGCGUAUCUGUACUCGUUCAUUGCGCUCUUCAUCUACGUCGUGUUGAACAUCUUUAUUGCGAUUGUCGAAGAAGCGUUCUUUGCCACCCGCAGCCACUCGAGAGCUCUCGACACCCUCGCGCAGAGCAUUUUUCCAAGCCCAUCGCAUCCCACCGAAAGGGACCAUGACAUGACGGCACCCGACGACGCGGCGUGUGCAUUGCGUUAAUCCAAGCUCGCCCUGCUGCACGUCCAUGCGUCCCUAGAGGGAGAGGCUCUACGUCUGCUGCGAUGCCAACGACGACACAUUCGGUGAGCCGUGCCGGACGUGGCCAUAGUGCACUUGGUCCAUUGUUUCUGAAGCAAUCGAACACGUUAGGUUAAUCGUCAGGGUUGUACCAGGACGCAAGUGGUGGGGCUGACGGAAAAUGGCUAAUCGCCGAGCACUUCGGUCGCUAGAGUUUGUACGUCUUCUUCGACUUGAUGGAGGUGUUUGUGCAAGGACACACAUUGCUCUUGUAACGUCGUGACGGUGCCGCGUUGUACGUUGAGGCACUUGGAGAGUCGCUCGAUUUCGUCGUUCGCAGCCUUCAUGGCUUUGUCGUGGCUUGUUUGCAUCACGUACAAGUCUUGCGCCACCUUCUUCUCAAGGUCUUCAAUCAUUCGCACGACCAACGCUUUGUCCGCUUUCUGUCGCUCGUCCAUCUCUCGAAGCAUGUCGUGAUGUUUGCAGCACUUGGUGUUGAGCUCCGAGAUUUGGUCGCGCACACUCACGCGGGCGCCACCGUUUGCUGUGUGACAUCUCGCACCGAUGCGAGACUUCUGCCGGUCAAGGUGCGGCGGUUGCCCGACACCGUCUUCGUCUUCCGAAUACUCAUCCCGUCGAGGGUCUGCUUCCUUGGAAUUGCCGGCUACGACUCGCAUGCUCAUCCAAGAGAAUGGGAAGUGGUCGGCUCGCCACGCCUCGGACCUCCAUCACCGCACUCAACCCAACAUGGCGGCAGGUUCAGUGCCG